AGUGUAUGCAUGUUCACAACCUCUUCUCUGCCUCUUCUCAGUAGUACAUUGUGACUGUAUGGGAGUAGAGAAUGAUGCUACUUUGAAGCAAUUAAAAUCCCAAGAUGCACAGUAUAUCCAUACUGCUUUUAGGCCUGUGGAACCAAAUUGUAACUCGAAGUGUGGAUCUUUUCCUAUUACACUUGAGCCUCUGUCAUGGUGAACCAGAAAAAGGAGGAUGUAAGUAAACUAGCAAUACCACACUGCCACAAAGCACUGAGGGGAGGACGGUUGUUUACAUAUAAUGAAACCUCAUCCUGUCUGUUGGACCCUUCAUCCUGUCAGUCUACCAUUACUGUAAUACAGAAUACAUAUUAGAAGGAUUUGAGAGGAACCCACCAUUUGUUUUCUUCCAGUCACAAAACAGCCACCAGCAGAAGAGCUGGAUUCAGACGAUUGAAAGGGUAGGAAACAUAUUAUCAAUAUUCUAAGUGUGAACUGAUUUGAAAAAAUACAUCUCUCCGUAGACACUUCCUGAAAAUCUUAUGUGAACUAUUUUAUAAGAGCACACAGGUGCAAUGGCUUUGCCAGCUAGCCAAGAUCUUAAGAUUCAUGCUCUUUUUUUUUCUAUUAUCUCUGGUGUAUAGGAGACUGCUCUUAAGGCUAUUCUGUGCAGGAAGUGAUAAGUAUGUUCAUAAAGGUGUGGCUUAGCUCCCUAGCAAUUCCAUGGUUACAGGACUGUAGUAAACUAGCCUUAAGUAAAACAAACAAGCUUUGUGGAAAUCAAAAGCUGAGAAUGCAAGCUAUCUCUUUGAUUAAAGCAGCUAAUCUUUGAUUGUAGGUGGUGAGCUCCACCUUAUUUCCCUGCAUCCAGCAGUUUCACAGGGGCUGGAUGCAUUAUAUCUUUCAAUGCCUUCAAUGCUAGUGCAAAGGAAUGUUUUUAAAAGUCAUUUUCUUCAAGAUGCAAGAAAAAGAGGUUAAAUUUAUAUGGUCCCAAAAAUGUGAUUAAAGGGAAAAGCCUUGUAUCAUUUACUAAAAAUCUCAUCCUAUACAGAAUGGCUCAUCUGAAAGUGAGAGGUACAGAGCAGAACACAAUACUAAACAGAAUCUACAUCUUUUGUCAUGUUUGUCUUCCCAGGAAUAAAGAUGAAUAGCAUAAGCUUAGAUAUUACAGGUGAGUCAGGUUGCUAGUACUUUCAUCUGCUGGCAAGAAUUUAAAGAUAGUAUUGCCUUCAACAGAAUUCUGCACCGCAAAAACAUGCUUUUUCCUACUGUAGAUACAUCAUCAGAUGUGGAUUCCUACCUACAUAGAAAGUAAUCCAAAGAUCUGAGGAGACCAGAUCUGAUCUUCAGAGUCUUACAAUUUAUGUCUGUGAAAAGUAGGUGUAAAAUGCUACCCAACAUGACUCUGUUACAGUGAUAGCCAGUCUGUCUGCCUUUAGUGACAGCUGCAGGUGUUUAGUAGUUACUGGCCACACAAAUGUGUGUCUUAAUGUCAUAGAAUCAUAAUAUUCUAAUACAUUAUUACCCGCUGUAUUUUCCUAUUCCCAUGAGUCACUUCUUUUUGCCAGGAUAAAUAUGUGUGGGACCAACCUCUGAAUCAAAUGAGGGAAUGGAUUCAUCUUAAGGAUGAUAUCCAGCUUUCUAAAUCAGGAUCAGUAUUUCAAAGCUAAUUCAGGGUGCACUCCCACAGAUAGUAAGCUCUGAAAGAUUGGGGAGUACAGAUGGCAAAGGUGGGAUUAGAGUGAAUAACUGAGGCUGGAUGAACAAGGUAUGCCUGAAACUGGUAUUUAUGUCAAACAUCUUUUAUGACAAAACCUGCAGGUUUAGGGCACAGUUUGUCACAUAUUGUGGCAGGCCAGCCAGCUCUUAUUUCUACUUCAUUAGUACAGGUAUGUUUUUUUUAUAGUGCAUAUAAGGAUUUAAUCUAUCUGGAAAAAAAAAAAAAAAUAAGUGGAGAGGUGAGGCCAAAACUGGCCUGUAAACUGUGGACAAAGAGGUUGGCCUUGUCUAUCUCCCCAUUCACAUAAAGCAAAACACUGGACAAAGAGAAGCAGCAGUUGAAUGACGGUAAGUCCAAAUUAUGUCCCAGACAUCUACUUUACACAGAGCAUUAUCAGUACGUUGACUCUACUCACUGCAUAGCUACUCGCAAGUUGUGCCAGGCAAUUUUCUCUUCUGUGUGCCCUAGGGCUCUUUCCCUUUUCCUUACCAUCAUACAAUUAUGUGUAAAAAAGACAAAAUCUUAAUGUAUUGUAACUGUCACACUGCGCUUGAAAUAGUUACUUGAGAAAACCAAAGAAAGACUGAACACAAGGUGAUAUUUCCUGUCAAACAAGGGUGUGCCACAUUAACAGAGGGCAGUGGAAAGGAGGUGUGGUAGUAUUGGCACUUAUAAAACAGCUCUGUCAGAGCAUUUUAUCACAACUCCAACAAAUUGGGAAGAGAAAGGGCAGAACUCAUUUCACCUGCAUGCCAUGUGCUUACUUAUUAUCUAUGUUUAUAAAGCAAUUGUGUGUUUAUUAAGUGAUAAAAUGAACUGACUUGCAUCAGAUGACAUCUUAAAUUAAGAAUUUCUACAGUGUGCUGAAGGGAAGAACAUAUUUAGUACUGUUGUUUACAUAUGUGUGCAUGGUAUGUAUCUAUAUAUUCUUGAAUGCAUUUACGUACUGCAAUAUGUAUAAUUGACAAUGUUUCUUAGAAAUUCACAUCACUCUAACGUCAACUUGAUAUAUUACUAAGGGCACUACUAUCUUACUUCCAUCAUUUGUUUUUCAUGGCACGUAGAAUCUGUGAUCAAGACAAAGGAACAAUGGUAUUUGCUUAUCCAUACUAAGAGGUUAAAAUGAACAGAUGGUUUGUAAAAUAGAAGCAAUGACAUUUACUUGAGUGAGAAUCUGAUGACUGUAUCUACAUAAAUAUAUAAUACAAUUCAGUAUUAACUAGGGUCUUCCAUGUAAGCAAUUGCAUCUAGAGAUACUGUAGAAGAAAAUGGGAUACCUGCAAAAACUGUAGUUGUCUUACUAAGUUGUAAGUGAUAGAGUAGAAGUAAAAUGGCAAAUUAAUUCUGCCAGUCUGUUAAUAACUAGUCAGGUAAGACUAAGACUGUGUACUUUCAAUACAAGACAGACAAAACCAAAAUACAAAAGUUGUGUAAGAGACUUGAUUUUCUGAAAAAUAUUGUUCCAUUCUUGAGAACGGAUCCGAUAGGAUGCACAAGUUUGAAAUCCCUGUGUCACUUCCUGAAUACGUAAUAAUUGGUGAUGGAGCUGAUUGGAACAAAAUAAUCUUAAUGAAGAUGAAAGCUCAAGAAACCACUGUAUGACAGGUGGCCUAUGGUGUCUAGUUUGGAUGUACAUAGUUGUAUUCAUCAGUAUAUUAUACAAAAUUCAUCAAUGAAUUAUCCUUAAAGCCUAAGUGCUUCAACAGCUGUUUAAGUUUUGCUUAAGUUUGGCAUUUAUGUUUUGCUUCUGUUUAUUCUUUGGCAAGAAACAGAUGUGCAUUAUCAUAUCUUCAUGUGGAAUAAGUUUAAUUAAACUAUAAUGAAGAAACAAAUAUCAGAGCAGCCGAGUUGAAUGGGAAUGAAACAUUAUAGGAACACACCCUCAUUUUUAUCAGUGUUUUAAGUCAGCUGAGGGCUUGUGGUACAAUUAAAUAAAAAGCCAAAGCUAUACACAUUACUAUUCUCUGCCAAGAUACUCUCAUGAGGCUGGUAUCAAGUUGUCAGUAAAGCCUGAGAAAGUGUAACUUGUAUUAAGUCAUCAUUAGUUGUGCAAUUUGGUCUGUUGUUUUUCACAGAGCCAUUUGAACUUCCAGUAUACAGUCUUUCAUAUGCACUUGCUGAUGAAUUCUUUCAUCACUGCUAUCUUGCAGAAUUGAUUAUCAACUCUGAGUAUGUGAGAGUAGUGUAUGGCAUGAUCUUCUGAUCAUACAUUUUGUAUGUUGUCGAAUUGUAUUUUAUGUUUGUGUGCAAGGUAAUUGGAGUUGAAAAUUCAUGUUUCAGAUAGCUUUGGCUGAUUUCAUGUUUCAGUGAAUUUCUGAGAACUUUCUUUACCUACAGUGUGAAGGUGUAUGUGUGAGGCAUGUGAUGGGUUGAGCAGGAUCAAUCCACUGAAGAAAGAAAUAUGAAAAAUCUCUCGUGAAAAGUUAAAGGAAUACUGCUUUUCCUGUCUUGCUUUUCUUGUAGCUGAAAGCCUCUGUGCUGGGUCUUUGAAAGUAAAGCAUGCAGUGCCCCAAAUAAAAUGUCUAAUGGAGACAUCCGGUCACUUAUUUCCUUUUAAGAGGAGCUAACCAUCUGAUCUUUUUGCAACAGAAUAUAAAGUUUAUCCUGUUGAACUUUAAGCAUAUGAAGACAUUUAAAAUGUUAUUGUUUAUAAAGAUGAUAGGAUUAUUUUGAUACAUUGCAUUUAAAUAGUAGUGAAUGAAAGUUAAUAUUUUGGCUUUUAGCUAUCACAGUUUUAGCUAUCAAUAUGUGCUUCUCUUCACUAAGUUGUGGUGGUGGUGUUGGUGGCAAGGAAGGUGGUGGUGGUUUUUUUGCAUUAUAGCUGAAGUGACAACUCACAUAAAAUCUUUUUUUUAACUGCUGUUUGCACUGUCACACUGACAGAUAUGUAAAGUGCUAUAUACAUACUUUCAGUGGCCAAAUAAAGAAUGUAUUAUCAGUAUGUGUCUUGAUCUAAGACAAAAUACUAAUUUUCCUAAUAAAUAAUAUUUUCUGCUGAAUUUUUCAUUUUCAUAUUGUACCCGAGACUAUCAAAAUGUUACUGAUUGCAAUGAGAAUUUAUUUGAGCAGAUUUUAGGGGCAAUAAAACGUUACAGAAAGUGAAUUUUCAGUCACAAGUAAGGCAGAUUGAAAGGUUAAGGAAGUACUUGCCUAUUCAUCUCAUUAGGUAACAGAAAUCCUAUCACAUGGCUUGUCUUUAAACCCUACUGCAGUUUAAAGAUCCUGUCUCAACUAGUUUCAGUGAAUUAUUUGAAAGAUCAGAUUGGCCAGUAGGAAAAUGUUUUCCUUCAGCAACAUAGUUGCAGUGCUGGAGCAGGUUAUUCCUGGAGGUUUGGAAUCAUUGUCCUUGGAGGUUUUCAGGAGUCACCUAGGCAAAGCAUUGAUAGGUUCAAUCUGGUGUUGGUGUAGUCCAGCUCUGACCACAGUGUUGGACAAGAGGACUUCCAGAAGUCCCUACCUGCUGACGUUUCAAUGAUUCUAAUUCCAGAAAAAUGAUUAACGAUUUAUUUGAAGGGGAACAUGAUUUCCAAUGAGACAAAAAUCUAAAUUUACUGUAUAAUUGUUCAAACUGGUAACCUUAGUGUAAGUCUGUAAUAAUAUUAAUGAAGGACAGUACCAUGCAUGUACAUUUGUUCCAUCCAUAAAUUUCAUAGAAAAAUAGAACUUUGACCUUCAACAGCCUGCAAUCUGCAGAAACUCAACUAAACAACAUACAUCUGUUCAUUGGAAUUGAGUGGGAGCUGAGUAUGAAUACUUUUGUAGGAUUAGGACACCGGGUUGAUUGUCAGCCCAUAAAGGAGAGAAGCUACGUAAAAUAAUAGGGAAAACAAUUUCAUUUUCAUUUAUGUAGCCUAGUCAUCAGUUUUACCUUUUAGUUUGAGUCUAAAGAAAUUAAAUUCCAGCUGGUGCAGGACUGUAAGUGAAUGCUUUCGGUAUGGCUUGGUGAGACUAAUAUCUGCAGGGUACCAAUCCAUCAGAAACCACUUUUCUGGCGCAAUUUUGCAUAUUACCAAGCUUUUAUGAUUAUCCCAAUGGGAAUUAUUUUGAGGCAUCUACACUAUAUUUACAAUCAUUAUAGACCUACCUGGCAGACCAAAAAAUCAGAUCUCUCAAAACAUCUGGACAGCAAUCAAAGCACACUGCUAAGCAGUUUUUUCCCAUGCCCUUUCCCACUCAUUUGCUGUUAAAGAAAGGAUGCAAAAAAAAAUUCUUAACAUACAGGUUUAUGUUUCAGGAGUUACAGCAUGCUCCUCCUUCAGAAAACAUUGCCUCAGUUGCUUAUAAUCUCAUACAGCAGCUAAGAACAGAAUGGCUCCUGAAUGUCUUUUCAUGUUUGCUUACAGAUGACAUUUCCCCUACCAAUUCAUUCUGGAGAGGCUGAGGCACACAGAAAAAAAAUCUGUUACUAUUAUGCAAAUAAACAAGGGUCCAUACUUAUUUAAUUUAGCUUCUUUGUUUCUUGGAAACAGAGUGAUUUUGGCUAGAUGAGACCUUUGGAGGUCAUUUUGUCCACAAUCUCAGCAUGACCAAUUUUGAAGUUAGACCUGACUUCAAAGUUAGCUCACAUUUCUCAAGGCAUUUCAAGCUAUUUUACAAGAGUCAUUAUCAUUUACAUCAUUUACACUGAUGAGUAAAGUAGAAAGGAAGGAAGGAAGACAAAUAACUUUUUGAUACACAAGUUUGGAACAGAGGACUGACUUUUAGCUAAUCUGAAAGAUAAUCCAAGUUUUGUUGUAGAUCUGAAUGUGGCAAGGUUAUCACUCCAUAUCUCAUUUCUCAAGUUUCAUUCUCUUUUUAUUUGGCUAUUUCAAAAAGAAUUCUGUGGUCAGAACAUUCAGUCAGUGGUGUUUUUAAUAAUAUUGUAUUAAAAGAGAGCCUUGUUUUUGUUUUGUCUUUUUUUCUAUUUAUGGAACUGAGGGAGGAGUAUGUAUAAUAAGAAUGAAAUUGUCACUACAGAUUUAUCCUUUUCAAGCACAAUGAAUUAAAUAAGUUUCUUCAAGUUUCUCAUGUAAUCAAAGACAGGUUUUUUUUUAGUUUUGUUUUCUUAUAAAAAAUAAAUGAAAAAAAAAUUACAAUGCUGAACUUGGAUAACAAUGAAUCUUCAUCUUUAAAACUUUUAUUCCUUGUAUGGAGCCUACAAACAAGAACGUCUAUAAACAUAACUGCCAGGAUAAAGCUAAAGGUGAGCCAUAAACUCUUUAUUUCAACAAGAUCUCAGUUACAAAUUAACUUUGUAAUGCUCAGUGUACAGUGUUUAUACCACAUGGUGUUUCAGGAAGUAGAUCCUGUUGCUGUUCUCUGGAGACAUGCGAUGUCAUUCCUCUGCAUUUUUUAAAUCAAUAAUGUGGCAGAGUUAUGGGUAGAGGGGAGUGGGAAGACGAUUGCCAAACUUGAAAACUUGUCGAGGUCUUUGGCAUUGAUAUGAAUAGAGUUUCCUUAGCAUGGUAUGUUGCUCAAGUAAAUUACAUUAAUUUUUUAUUUAAUUUUUUUUUUUUUUUUCAUGUUAGAUCAUAGAAGAGAGGUGCAGAGGUACUGGCAUUCUUUGUGCCAGUUCACAGAUGUCUGUAAGCAUAUAUGUCAAGCUAAGAAUAUAUGAAGUGUAUAGUCUUCCAUACAAAUCCAAUAGCUAUCAUUUUGUAUGAAGUAGAUACAUGUUAAGGCUUUGAAAUGACACCCUUGUAAAGGUAGCUAAAUUGUGCCAGACUUGUGGCUAAAUGUGACACUUUUUUUUUUUUUUCUGUGAACAGCUAAAAUUUGCGUUUUCAUUCAUGUGUACAGUUGCUACCUUCCCCCAGACACCUCUGUGGUAUACAUACAUUUGGAAUGGGAACAAUAGGUUGGGAUAAGAGGAACACUUGAAAUGAACGUAUUUUUAUGGUUCUGAUAAAGGGAUAAGAAUCAUCCCACACACAAUUAACAAGCUGUUAAGCUGCUUCAUUCCCAGUAUAUCCAACCAGAAGGAGCAUCAAUGGGAUCUUCUAUACAUGCACUGACAGAGGAAAAUAUUCACAGCUGUUAUGUGAAUUCAUCAGUGCCAGAAAACACACUGCUGAAUAUAUUCUUAUUAUGUAAGUAUAUGUAUGUUACAGAUUAAAGUUUUUACCUCCAUGUAUCUGGGAAUUUUCCCCUUGUACAGCAAGAAUAUAUCAUCAGGACUGCUUUUCAGCUGCACAUGAGCAACAGAGACAACAGCUGAGAGGCAUUUAACAGCUACCUUGUAAAGUUCACAGAGCUGCACCUGUGUGCUCUGAAGUUCUUCGCGUGGUCUCCACCAGUUGUUUCCCCCUGUGGUCAUGACGGCUUCGCACAGUGACUCUUUGGUGGUGUUGUUUGGGGCAACAGCUGGUGCAUAUGGGGCUAAACUGGGUUCGGAUGAGAGGGAACUAAUUCUCUUGGUGUGGCAAGUUGUGGAUCUCCCCAGCAAGAAGGUAGGGACACUACACAAAUCCCUGGUGAAAGCAGACAAUUUGGAGUUAAGUGACCAAUGUCGUGAAGUGAGUGGUUUAACAGCAGAGGGACUGGGCAAAGCUGAGCCUCUGGACCGGGUUCUUCAACAGUUUAUUCAGCUGGUAUCCAGUGAUUUGAAAGUAUUUGGAAGGAACUCUUACACCCUUUGCAGCGAUGGCCAGUUACUCAUUCGUCAAGUGCUCCACCCAGAAACAUCUAAGAAGAACUUCCUGCUGUCAGACUGCUUCUAUUCCUUUUAUGAUCUGCGAAAAGAAUUUCACACAUGCUACCCGAGUUCAGCCGCCGUGAAAGACCAGACUAUCAAGACCAUGGCAGAGUAUCUAGGCUUAGGGACAGAUGAAGCGGAGGAGGACUUUGGCGUGUGGCAAGUGAAAACAAUGGUGGCUAUCAUUUUCAGCAUGCUCUCUGAAAAUUGUGAUCACAUAUUUACUGACCCUGAAACUGUGAAAUACAAGUACGAAACAGGUCCUUGCAGCAAAUCAGAAACAGUGGAUAGUGAGACUGUAAUACGUGCUAGAGGUUUGCCAUGGCAGUCUUCAGACCAAGAUAUUGCUCGAUUUUUCAAAGGACUCAAUAUUGCCAAAGGUGGUGUGGCCCUUUGUCUGAAUGCUCAAGGAAGAAGAAAUGGUGAAGCAUUAGUUCGAUUUGUCAAUUCUGAACAGAGAGAUCUGGCACUGGAAAGACAUAAGCAUCACAUGGGUAGCAGAUACAUUGAGGUUUACAAAGCAACUGGGGAAGAAUUCUUAAAAAUUGCAGGAGGUACCUCCAAUGAAGUGGCCCAGUUCUUAUCUAAAGAGAAUCAAGUUAUCAUCCGAAUGAGAGGUCUUCCAUUCACUGCUACUCAGGAGGAUGUUUUGGGAUUCCUGGGGCCAGAGUGUCCAGUCACAGGCGGGAAAGAAGGACUUCUCUUUGUCAAGUAUCCAGAUGGCAGGCCCACAGGAGAUGCAUUUGUGUUGUUUUCCUGUGAAGAAUAUGCACAGAAUGCACUUAAAAAGCACAAAGAAAUACUUGGAAAGCGUUACAUUGAACUCUUCAGGAGCACAGCAGCAGAAGUUCAGCAGGUACUUAAUCGAUACAUGUCAACACCUCUUAUUCCCACCCUCCCAACUCCUAUCAUUCCUGUUAUACCCCCACCGUAUACAAUUGCCACGGGUAGUAUACGGGACUGUGUCCGGCUUAGAGGCCUUCCUUACACUGCUGGCAUUGAUGAUAUCCUGGACUUCAUGGGAGAUGCCACAGCUGAUAUAAAGCCUCAUGGAGUUCACAUGGUCCUUAAUCAACAGGGACGACCAUCAGGUGAUGCUUUUAUCCAAAUGAAAUCUGCUGACAAAGCCUUUAUGGUUGCUCAAAAAUGUCACAAAAAAAUGAUGAAGGACCGUUAUGUGGAAGUAUUCCAGUGUUCAGGAGAGGAGAUGAACUUUGUUUUAAUGGGUGGCACUUUAAAUCGUAGUGGCUUAUCCCCACCGCCAUGUAAGUUACCAUGUCUUUCUCCACCAGCUUAUGCUGCUUUUCAAACAGCAGCUGUGAUCCCAGCAGAAGCAGCGCUUUACCAGCCACAAGCCCUCUUGCCAACAGCCAGGACUCCCCAGGCCUCAGCUGCUGCUCCUCCAGCUGUUACCUACUACCCAGCUCAGGCUGCUCAGCUUUAUAUGAACUACACAGCUUACUAUCCCAGUCCUCCAGUAUCCCCUACCACAGUGGGAUACCUUGCAGCUCCUCCGGGAGCUGUAGCUGCUGCUGCCACUGCCACCCACACUCCACUUCUACCCCAACCUGGAGCAUUAGUCCGUAUGCAGGGUUUGCCAUAUAACACAGGAAUGAAGGAGAUUCUAAGUUUCUUCCAGGGAUACCAGCUCCACGCAGAUUCCAUCCUCAUGCUUUACAACUUUAGUGGCCAGCCCAGUGGAGAGGCAUUGGUGACUUUUCCAAGCUUGGAUCUAGCUAAGAAAGCAGUGGCUGAGAAAAAUGGACAGCAACUGGGAGGCUGCUGUGUAGAACUGUUUCUGGUCUAACUAAAAACUCUCUGGGGCAUGGGGAAGGAAUGUCAUGCUGAACACUGUGCCUUUUACAAAAUAAGGAGUCUUCCCUUGCCACCCCUGCAGCAUCAAAUGUGCCUUUUCAACAUGCUAUAUUGGAAUGUAGACUGGUACAUGUCCUGUAUUUAAUUUGAAAAAGGGUGUUGUAUGCCAAAGAUAAAACAACAGGAAAAUGUAUGCAGUUAAUUUACUUAUUCUCUAAUGUACUUGUUUGAAAAUAAGCAAAUCCCUUAUUGGCAACUUGUUAAUUCUGAAGACAGCCUAAUAGCACUUCAGCUAUCGCAGCCAUGGGAGAAACCUAUCACCUGUUCAGUAGCAUUUGAAGUGGAAAGUGAAGCUUGAGUCAUUCAGAUUCUUCUGUGUUUAGUUUUUAAGAGUUUACACUUGGCAAAGUGUCUGUUUUGUUUUGUUUUGUUUUUUUUGUAGAAUUGAAAUGUCUUUAUAAAGGGCUUUUGGAAUGUGUAGCAUUCCCAACACAAAGCAUAUAUCUUAUUGAUUUUUUUUUCACUGUUGUUCUUGAUUGGAAAAUACCAGGGUGCUGGACCCCAAAUACAAUUGUGCUUUUUCAUGUUUUCAUUAUGUUGUUUUGCAAAAGCCAUAUUUGUCUUUCCUACCAGUGUACUGCUGCCAAAUUGUAAAGCAGAUAAAUAAAUAAAUAAAUAAAAACAAUGGCAAAAACAGAAAAAUCCUCCGUGCCCAACCAUAGUUCCCUACCCUGACCCCAAAUUUUUAAUCUCUACAGGACAAAGUUGGCACAUAAACCUGAGUACUAAUAAGUUAUAUUUUUUUAUUUAAGCAUAGUAGCUUUCGAAUACUGUAUUAAAGAUUUUUGCUCUAGUUUAUGUGCAUGCAAUUUGUUUACAUCUUUAAACUACUUUAUUUGUAUAUUAUGAAACAACAAGAUGUUGAAAUCUAAAUUCUCUAGUGCAUGCUUUUUUCUUUUUCUGUGUAUAUACAUAAGCUAGAAGUACUUUAUGUCGUGUAGCAUGUGUUUAAAAAAAAAAAAAAAAAAGACAUCUGCUCUAGAAGCACUAAAUGACUUUGUUUUUCCUGUGCCUUACUUCAAAACUAUUCCAAGUGCAAUACCAGCAGAGCAAAACGUGAUGAGUCCUUUUUGUGACAUGUUCAUGGAUGUCUGGAUUGAUUUUUUUUGUUUGUUUGUUGUGUUAGCGUACAAUGUGUUGUACUUAAAGGAACUGAAUGAUGUAUGCUUCUUGAUAUUACAACAAAUAAAAGAGAUGCUUACGA